CUUGGAACACCACAAAAAGAUGUGUGUAUAUGUGUUUUUGUCAGUGUAUGCGCAGUGUGAGUUACCUUAACCUUUUCUUCCUUCAUCUCUCUCACACAAACACACAGAGAACAUAAUUCACUGGCCGGAAAGUUAGAUCUCCGGCGGCUGAGAGUUCUUGUUCAUUUCACUAGUUUAUGUUGAAUUUAUAUUCCCUUAUAUUAAUUUUUGUUUGUGUAUAUUUUAAAGGUAUAUUUUGUUGUGCUCAGAUAUGAUGAUUUUGCUGGUCACUGUAAGAAUAUGAAUCCCUUCUUUUUAUAUAUAUUUUUUUACUUGAUUUAUUUUUUAUCUUUUUGGAAGUGGAUUCAUUUAGCCGAUCCCACAACAACAGAUAAGAUCAGAUGCUGGAAUCUUGAUUUUUUUAUACAUAAAAUCAAGAAAAUUCAAGUGGAUUUUUUUAUUUUUUCUUGUCUGUAUUGAAAUGCUCUCUUUCUUUUGUAUGAAUAUGAGUUUCGAUACAGGAGAUUCUUGUUUGAUUCCUUGAUUUACAUUUUAGCCAUUGAUAAAAGGCCACAUCAAUCCGAUGCUAGUGGAUUUGUUGAUUUUUUUAUUCCAAUAAACACAUAAAUUUCAGUCUUGAAUUCAACUCCAAACACACACAGAUACCCUCAAUUUUAUUUUUUUAUUUUUUUCCGUCUAUGCCAUUCUUUCAGAAGGAAAUUUAUUAGAGGAUUUAACCCUGCAGAUCUUUGUGAUUUAUUCAUUGGAUCUGUGUAUAUACAGUCGUUUUUUGCUGGUGCAGCACCAUCAAGAUUCACAUGCAAAGGCAAGGCGGUUAGCUUUUUAUAUCAGUUCUCUCUCUAUCUAUCUACCUUUCUUUCUCUGGAUGUUUGGUUUUUUUCCGGGGCCAAAACCCUGGUGAUGAGAAUCUUGAUGAUGCUGCAUCGGCAAUAAAUUACUAUCCAAGUUAGGGAAAUGGCCAGUCGCAUAUCGCUCAUGAAAAGUCUGCCUCUUGGAUUUGUAAUCAUAUUCAACACAUUGUCUCACAAGAUGCCGAUUUUAAGAGGGAGUUCUAUUGGAAGUGAUAUCAACAAAAUCACAGUUUUCCAGCUAUUUCUAGACCGACAGAUGACUACUGAAGGACUUCACUCUGCUGAUAAACUGCAUAGAUCUGCGAUUAUUCUUCUGUUGGCAGAAACUGAAAAAUACAAAUUUCAAGCACAUUUUGGCUGGAGGCAAAGGAAUUUGCAGUGUCAGAAGUGGAGAAGAAGAGUUCUGUUUAGUUAUGUUCAGUGGACGGAAACAUUCCCGCGUUGCUUCCAAUAAAGCUCCCAUGAAGUAAGCCAUCAGAUGCUUCUCUUUCUUUGGUCAUUUCAAGCCACAACUGCUAGACCUGAAAUCUGUGUUUCUGGAAUCGUUUCUGAAUGAUCUCGUCUGCAAUCCAAAGAAGUACCAAUCGACUAUUUUUUUGAGUCCACAGAUUGUGGAUGGCCGAUGACUCUCCAAUACAAAUGUCAAAUUAAUUUUUCUUGGUUAAGCAAGUUUGGCUUCAAUAAGGAUGUAGCUGAAGAGUUAUACCAGUUGGAUGGAGUAGUUUUCUUAGGUUAGGGGCUAGGCACGAACAAGUGUUCGUCUUACGAACUUGGAGGAGCAUUCUCCGUGUUAACUAUGACCCAAAUUGAUUGGAUACUUGCUCGAAUUUAUUUUUAUCACGGAUGUUGCAUUAAAUGAGGUCAAUUUGUGAACAUAUCUUGUUGCUAUAAUGAUAAAACAUUCUAUAAACUACGUACUCAUGUAUAUAUGUUGAAGUUAAUCGUUUAACUUUAGCAGUGCUUGCAAUUUUUUAGUAUAAUUAUCUUGGAUAUA